GAAGUGCGAGCCCGUCAGAGGCUGCUGGAAUGGAGGAGGGAGCUGCUUCUGGUGGAUAGGUCACAUACGGGAUUGUCAGGACAAAACGAGGGGAGAGGAGUGGAACCAUUCACAGGGAAGUCGGGAAAUUUCCGUUGCAGGAUGGAGGGGGGUCGAGGUUGGCUCCCGAUGUGGGUCUCUAUCUCGGUGUGGGACGAGGGCUUCUGGCUGCCACACAACGUAACCAGAGCUCAGUUGGAGAACUCCCAGAACCCGAUCUACCCCCGACUCAAGGACCUGUACUUUCUGGUGCCGUGGACUUGGGCGAUCUACAUGUUGCGGCUGCUUUUCGAAAGGUUUGUGGCAACACCGGUUGCCAGGGCACUGGGAGUGAACUGCAACCCCAUCCAGAAGGCACAGCAGAACAUUGUACUGGAGAAAGUCUUCAAAGACAUUACCACGGAGCCCGGCAAGAAGCACCUGAGCCACUUGGCAAAGCAGCUGGACUGGGAGCCCAGGCAGGUGAUGCAGUGGUUCAAGCUCCGGAGAUACCAGGACCGGCCCAGCCUCCUGACCAAGUUCUGCGAGAGCAUGUGGAAGUUUGCGUUCUACCUCUGGGCCUUUGUGUUUGGCUUUUAUUACCUGUCAAAGAGUCCCUGGCUUUGGGAUUCCAGGGAAUGUUGGAACAAGUACCCCUUUCACGAACUCUCACUUGAAAUCUACAUCCAUUACAUGACGGAGUUCGGCUUCUACGGGUCUCUGAUCUUCUCCCAGUUUUUCGACGUGAAAAGGAAGGACUUUGUGGUGAUGUGCAUCCACCACCACGUGACCAUCCUGCUGCUCACCAUCGCGUACGUGGCCAAUAUGAUUCGAGCCGGGGCCAUUGUCCUUCUCCUGCACGACGCGGCUGACAUCUUCUUAGAGCUCGCUAAAAUGGCAAACUACGCCAAGUGGCAGAGGCUGUGUAAUACGUUCUUCCUGCUGUUCGCCGUGGUGUUCAUCGUGACCCGGCUGAUAAUCUAUCCCAUCAAGAGUGUCAGGUCGGUGUUCUACGAGAGCUGGGAGAUCAUCGGGCCCUUCAGGAUCUGGGGCUUCAUCAACUUGCUGCUGCUCACCCUCCAGGUCAUGCACAUCUACUGGUCCUACCUCAUCAUCCGAAUGGUCUUCAAAGCGUUUCACAAGGGAAAGGUGUCCAAAGAUGACCGAAGUGAUGUAGACAGCAGCUCAGAGGAAGAAGAUCAACCGGACGCACGGAAAACACAGUGACGGUCCUUGUUUUUUUUUUUAGCGCAGUGACUCGAUGGAACCAAGUACUUCUCAGGAUUCAAGUGUGUCUUAAACAAAAAGAAAACAAGAGGCUUUUUUUUUUACAAAAAAAAAGCGCGAGAGAGAGAGAGCGAGAGAGAGAGAGAGAGACGGUCAAGAUCGCAUUUGCUCAUUAGGAUGUUUAUUUUGUAACGUGUUCGUUUGGACAAAAAAAGGAAAUGUACAUUGGACUGUUUAUAUACCUGAUCAAAACAAAUUAAAAUAAGAUUUUUUUUUUCUAGGGCGGAAUAUUACACUGUAAUUAAAACUCUCCCAAAGAACAAUUAAGGAUUUUUUUUUUUGGACCUGCUUUGCUGGAAACCUUUUUCUUCCUUUUGACUUCUGCAAAUAAAACUUUACCUGUUUCGA